UAUCUAUACAGUAUCGAUGCGGUUAUCGGAGCAACCGACAACCAGCCUGGCCAAGCGAAGAUGCUAGAAAUUACUGUCGAUUGAGUUGAUUGAAGAUUUUCACGAUAUUUUGCGGUUGUUCGGCAACAAUCGUGAGUCGAAAUGAAUCACCUCGCAUUUCAUGAAUUAUUAAUGGUUGUCGGGCAUUUUGAACAUGGCACAAAAUCCCUCCGAUGGUACUCCUGUCGAAUUGCUUGAUGCGUUUGUGAAAUGCUAUUAUCCGAACCCUGAGGACGUGAAGAGUGUUUUGGCUUCGCCGGCCUUGAUCCCGGCUGAGAAGUUCUCGGAUAGGAUUCUUCUCGUUACUGCGGCAUGUGAUCGUCUCUGUCUUGAAGGAGAAGCGCUUGGGAAUAGAAUCAAAGAUGGGACAACGAAACUUGUCAAUAUGCAUAGGUAUGAUGGCUGUGCGCAUGCAUUUGACAAGGCGUAUGAGAAGGGAUCUGUCCAGGAGAGGGCGAAAGAUGACCUGUACGAAAAGGCAGCCCUGUUUCUGUCGGAGUGAUUAACUGUGUCCGUUGAGAUUACAGAAU